GUUGUUCACAGCCAGUUCCGUUUGGUCGAAACUCAGAUGAAUCCAUUCCCAUGCUGACCACCAUUUCAUCUUACCAAACCAAAAUUGGAUGCAGUUGAAUCCAUUAAUUGUUUUCUUAUAAUCUUAUUGUUAUAGCCUCCAAUGGAGACUCCGAACUCAUCUUAUUUUCCUUCUCCGUCCUAUUUCUACACUUAUCUCCUCCAAAGAAGUCUCAAUUCUAACUACCCAUUGGCAGGGAAAUCAAUUCAUGCCCAUAUAAUCAAAUCCGGGCUUCAUUGUUGUGUUGUGCUGAUGAAUAAUCUCAUGAAUUUUUAUGCUAAAACUGGGAGUAUUUCGAAUGCUCACAGCCUGUUUGAUGAAAUGCCUGUGAAGACUAUAUUCUCAUGGAAUACGCUUCUGUCGGCAUUUGCAAAACAGGGAAUGAUAUCUCAAGCCUUUGAUGUUUUUAAUAAAAUACCCAAUCGUGAUUCAGUUUCGUGGGCUACAAUGAUCGUGGGGUACAACCAGAUGGGUUGUUUCAAAAAUGCAAUCAGAGUUUUUGCUGAGAUGAUAAAGGAUGGAGUAGAACCUACAGAAUACACCAUUACUAGCGUUCUUGCUUCUUGUGCAGCUAUUGAAGCGUUAGGUAUUGGGAGAAAGGUACAUUCUUUUGCUGUUAAGCUUGGACUUAGUAGUAGCUAUGUUACUGUUGCAAAUUCUUUAUUGAAUAUGUAUGCGAAGUCAGGUGAUCCGAUGAUGACGACGGUUGUCUUUGAUAGGAUGAAAUUUAAGAACACAUCAAGUUGGAAUGUUAUGAUUUCACUGCAUAUGCAGUCUGGUCAAGUUGAUCUUGCACGUACUCUGUUUGACCAGAUGAGUGAGCGGGAUUUAGUUAUGUGGAAUGCAAUGAUUGCAGGUUACAAUCAACAUGGUUAUGAUGUUGAAGCUAUAAAUAUAUUUUCAAAUAUGCUGAGGCAUUCCCAGUUGCAGCCUGAUAAAUUCACGUUGGCAAGUGCAUUAUCAGCUUGUGCCAAUCUUGAGAAAUUGGGACUUGGGAAGGAAAUUCAUGCUCAUAUUGUCAGAACCAAAUUUGACACCUCUGGGCCUGUGGCAAAUGCUUUAAUCUCAAUGUAUGCCAAGUCUGGUGCUGUUGAGACAGCUCAAAAGCUUAUAGAGCAAAGUGGGAUUUCACAUCUUGAUGUUAUAGCAUUUACGUCUUUAUUGGAUGGAUAUGUUAAGCUUGGGAAUAUAAACCCGGCCAGACAGAUCUUUGACUCAUUGAGAUACCGGGAUGUGGUUGCAUGGACAGCCAUGAUUGUUGGGUACGUGCAGAAUGGCUUGAACAAUGAUGCAUUUGAGCUAUUUAGAUUAAUGAUUAGAGAUGGACCUAAGCCAAAUAGCCAUACUCUGGCAGCCUUGUUGAGUGCCAGUUCAAGCUUGGCUUCAUUGAUUCAUGGCAAACAAAUUCAUGCAAGUGCCAUAAGAACUGAUAAAGCAUCCUCAGUUUCUGUGAACAAUGCUCUAAUUACCAUGUAUGCCAGAGCUGGAAGCAUCAAUGGUGCAAGGCAAGUAUUCAAAUUGAUCAAGGGGAACAGAGAUACUGUAUCUUGGACAUCCAUGAUAAUGGCUCAAGCUCAACAUGGUCUUGGAGAAGAAGCCCUUGAGCUGUUUGAGAUGAUGCUAUUGGCUGGAAUCAAGCCUGACCAUAUAACUUAUGUUGGUGUGCUCUCUGCUUGUACACACGUGGGACUGGUAGAACAGGGUUGGAGGUAUUACAAUAUGAUGAAAGAUUUCCACAAAAUUGAACCUUCCUUAAGCCAUUAUGCAUGCAUGAUUGAUCUGCUUGGGCGUGCUGGAUUGCUCCAACGGGCAUAUGAUUUUAUUGAAAAGAUGCCAAUUGAACCAGAUGUUAUAGUUUGGGGUUCUCUCUUAUCUUCUUGCAAGACUUAUAAGAACGUGGAGCUUGGAAAGGUUGCAGCAGAGAGAUUGCUCCAUAUUGACCCUGACAACAGUGGGGCGUACUCAGCUCUUGCUAAUUUGUAUUCAGCUUGUGGUAGAUGGGAUGAUGCUGCUAAAAUUCGCAAGUCAAUGAAGUGUGGAGGAGUGAAGAAAGAACAAGGAAUUAGUUGGCUUCAGAUAAAGAACAAAGUCCAUGUCUUUGGCGUUGAAGAUGCGCUUCACCCACAGAAAGGGGAUAUCUAUAAGAUGAUGGCAAAAAUAUGGGAAGAGAUAAGAAAGAUGGGCUUUGUUCCUGACACCAAAUCAGUACUGCAUGACCUUGAAGAAGAAGUGAAGGAGCAGAUUCUCAGACACCACAGCGAAAAACUUGCUAUUGCAUUUGGGCUAAUAAGUACCCCUGAAAAUACCACCUUGAGGAUCAUGAAGAACCUCAGAGUCUGUAACGACUGCCACUCUGCCAUUAAAUAUAUCUCCAAGCUCUCACACAGAGAAAUUAUUGUGAGAGAUGCUACUCGGUUUCACCAUUUCAAGGAUGGACUGUGUUCUUGUCGGGAUUACUGGUAGGUAUACGUACAAGAUGGAUUUGAAGAGAAAUUUUGUAAUCAGUCAUGUAGAAGAUCUUUUGCUGUCUGUUAUCAGAAGAUGAAUCCUUCACAUGGAACAGACACCAUUAUUGGGCCACUUUUAUACUGAGUUCCAUCCUCAAAAGACUUUGAACAAGACUUCUAACUCACGGACCGUAAAUUCAAAGAUGAAAAUGUACUGCCCUUGGCGCCUUCAAGGCUCAAGCAGGAAUGAAAGCAAACCGCUUUUCUGCCGGAGAGGCAUUGGACCAGUUCAGUACACUUGAUGGUUGCUCCUAGGAAUGACAUUUUUUGAAGCAAGCAUCUUUCUCAUUCUCACUGCACCACGGGAGGAAUCUGCAUUUGAUUGAGGAGAAAAAAGUAAGGCCCUGCUCCGCAUCUGUCUCUGAUGAGUUGCCAAUGAUUUUGUGCCUUGGUGGUGGCAAUAAUAGACUUCGCACCGCAUCCAAGCUUGUAGUUCAACUAAGGUUUAUCAUCCUCUACAGGUACUGCAUUGGCGGGCAAUAUAAUCAAUAAUUCAAA